AGAGACAGUCUCCACAGGGCUAAGAUAUCAGGCUUUCUGUGACUGAGAUCUGGAGCUUCUUUUUAAAACCUAAAAGCAAAAAGCCUAAAAAGAGAAAGUUAGACUGAGAAAGUAAGAAAGAGACAUCGCUUGUCCGGGGGGAUGGAAAACUGAUCCAAGUUCACAAUUUAGAAAACUUUAGUUGGGAGAGAGAAAAAAGAAGAGCAAGGACAAGCCUCAGGAUACUACAGAUUAUGUUGCCAUGGAAACCGAAACUUGGAAGCGGACGCAAGGACCACUGAAGGUGGACAUCCUCCCUUGACUGCAUCCUUGACACGUUACUGUCCUGCUGCGACCCUGUGGUGAGAGAAUGCUGUGGAGAAUAACUAUCCCAGUCAUACUGGCUGGGGUAUUCUGCAUCACUGCAGAGACCAAAAAGCACCGGCCCCAGGGAUCCAUCCCGUCCCCGUACAAGACCAAAGGGAACCUGUCCUCAGAACGUCACCACCGGCUAUUGCAGCAGAAACCAGAGGUGCUGUCCUCCAGCCGAGAGGCCCUGGUGGUGACGGAGCGUCGCUACCUUCGCAGGGACUGGUGCAAGACUCAACCCCUCCGUCAGACGAUCAGCGAGGAGGGCUGCCGCAGCCGCACCGUGGUCAACCGCUUUUGCUACGGCCAGUGCAACUCCUUCUACAUUCCCCGCCACAUGGGCCCGAGCUCGGGUGAAGGACAGAAUCGAGGCCAAGCCUCGGGCUCUGGAAGGAAAAGCCAUAACAAGGCCCAGGAGCCGUUCCAGUCCUGCUCCUUCUGCAGGCCACACCGCAUCACACAGCUCACGGUGCGGCUAGACUGCCCGGACCUGCAGCCCCCGUUCAGACACCGUAAGGUGCAGAGGGUCAAACAGUGUCGCUGCAUGUCUGUAGAUGUGAGCGGCCAUGGGAAACUGUGAAGGACUAAGAUGGCCUUUAAAAGUUUGAACGACACAUUAUCUGUCAAAAGGCAGACAUCCACAACCUUUGCCAAACAAGGACUGGCUCCAAGUUGAACUAUGCUGCGCUGUGUACUACCAUACAAUGCCAUGAAACACAGAACUGGUAUUACUAAACAAAGGCUCAACGGUGAUUUAAUCAAAGAUAGCAGCCAUGUUGGCAAGCGGAUGCUGUUGAAAGAGACUGAUUCAAGUGGCUGCACAAGAGACACUGAUGAUGAAGUAGCCCAUUUUAAACAUUAAGCCACUUUUCCCUCCCGGUUAUUUCUAGUUUAUAUAAACCUGAACAUUUCUACAUUUGUCAUUCGAUUCCUUUGUGAUAAAGGAAAGAAAGAAAGUGCCUCGGAGUUUUGAAAACUACAAACCAUAAAGGAUGAUGCUGAUAAUUCAGUGUUUUAAAGAAACCGUAGAAAUAGUGUGACCUCCCCAUUAAUGUAAUAAGACAUGUUUAUAUGCAGGUGGAUCUACAGUAAUUACACAGUUUGCCACAAUGUUUUAACGUGUUUUAUAAGUAUUGUAUCUGUUAUCCUGUAUAUUUCCCUUGACUUCGAUUAUGUCCCAAAUGAUACAAAAGCUGUUGUAAAGGAAAAAGAUUUCAAGAAACAUGAAGCAACACAGCAUUGACCAGUGGAAUCCACCUUGGACACAAGCCUGGCUGUAUGCUGUACGCUGUACAUGUGCCACAAAUAUACUAGCCAGUAGGAAAAAAAACAUACUGCAGCAUGUGUAAUG